CAAUCCCCGCCCUCCCCCGACGGGCGGCCGCUUCCGGCGGAAGCGCGCGGCGGCAGUGCGACGUGUGCGCAGGCGGUGCCCGGCGCUGCCGCAGCCCGGCCCGGUGCCGCCGCUGCCGCCAUGCUCGACUUCUUCACCAUCUUCAGCAAGGGCGGCCUGGUGCUGUGGUGCUUCCAGGGCGUGCGCGGGCCCGCCGCCGCCGCCACCGCGCCCGUCAACGCCCUCAUCCGCUCCGUCCUGCUCCAGGAGCGCGGCGGCAGCAACUCCUUCACCCAUGAGGCGCUCACGCUCAAGUACAAGCUGGACAACCAGUUCGAGCUGGUCUUCGUGGUGGGCUUCCAGAAGAUCCUGACGCUAACCUACGUGGACAAGCUGAUAGACGAUGUGCACAAGGAGUUCAGGGAUAAAUACCGCAACGAGUUCCAGCAGAAGGGCGCCCUGGGCCUCCUAAACGGCACCUUUGAUUUCAAGGAUGACUUUUUGCGUCUGCUCCGGGAGGCAGAGGAGAGCAGCAAAGUCCGAGCUCCCACUGUCAUGAAGACAUUUGAGCAGUCGAUGAAGUCUCAGAAGACCGUCAAGUGCAUGAUAGAAACCCGCGGGGAGAAGCCGAAGGAGAAAGCCAAGAACAAGAAGAACAAAGGUUCCAAAAAGGAGGGAACCGAAGCCAUUACGGCAUCCGGCAAAGCGGCCACAGGUGACAAGCAGCCCUCCGCAGCUGGGGACAAGGAAGAGCUGACCAAGGACGAGAUACUGCAGAAGAACCGGGAGGAGUUCUUCAAGAGACACAUGAAAGCAGGAGAGAAGUCGAGCAAGUCUCCGAAGCCUGAGGCUCAGAAGGAGAAGGGGAAGAAACCCCGCGUGUGGGAUCUGGGGAACUCUAAUGCCAAAGUACUCGAUUACAGUAACUCCACUACCAACGGAAGCUCGGAGGCUUCUCCCGCCGAGGAGUUCGACCCCGAUGCGGCCCUGGGGGAUCGCAACCGGGAGCCCGGCCGCCUCUACGACCUCGAAUACGAGAGCGACGAAGAGCCUGAGGAGGAGAAGGUCAUCCAGAACCCUUCGAAACCAAGCGCGAAGAAGGGUGGCCUGGGAGGUAUGUUUGGCAUGCUGAAGGGCCUGGUGGGAUCCAAGAGCCUGACGAGAGAGGACAUGGACCCGGUGCUGGAGAAGAUGAAGGAUCACCUGAUUGCGAAAAACGUGGCGGCUGAGAUCGCGGUCCAGCUCUGCGAGUCGGUGGCCAAGAAACUGGAAGGCAAAGUGAUGGGAACGUUCACCACGGUGACCUCGACGGUGAAGCAGGCGCUGCAGGAGGCCCUGGUGCAGAUCCUGCAGCCCCAGCGCCGCGUGGACGUCCUGCGGGACGUCAUGGACGCCCAGCGCCAGCACCGCCCUUACGUGGUCACCUUCUGCGGCGUCAACGGCGUCGGCAAGUCCACCAACCUGGCCAAGAUCUCCUUCUGGCUGAUCGAGAACGGCUUCAGCGUCCUGAUCGCCGCCUGCGACACCUUCCGCGCCGGGGCGGUGGAGCAGCUCCGCACGCACACCCGCCGCCUCAACGCGCUGCACCCGCCGGAGAGCCACGGCGGGCGGGCCAUGGUGCAGCUCUACGAGAAGGGCUACGGCAAGGACGCCGCCGGCAUCGCCAUGGAGGCCAUCUCCUACGCUCGUAACCAGGGCUUCGACGUGGUCCUGGUGGACACCGCCGGCCGCAUGCAGGACAAUGCGCCCUUGAUGACGGCCCUGGCCAAGCUCAUCGCCGUCAAUGCUCCGGACCUGGUGCUGUUCGUCGGGGAAGCUCUGGUGGGCAACGAGGCCGUGGAUCAGCUGGUGAAGUUCAACAAGGCCCUGGCUGAUCACUCCAUGGCCCAGACGCCGCGGCUCAUCGACGGCAUCGUGCUCACCAAGUUCGACACCAUCGAUGACAAGGUCGGUGCCGCCAUCUCCAUGACCUACAUCACGAGCAAGCCCAUCGUCUUCGUCGGUACUGGACAAACCUACUGUGAUCUGCGUAGCCUUAACGCCAAGGCGGUGGUGGCGGCGCUCAUGAAGGCCUAACGCCGAUUAUCGCACCAAAUCGCUGUUUGCGGAUGUCUCGGGAGAACAUGCUUUACCCUGCGACCGACUGUAGUCUUUCCCGCGUAGCGCGAGGCAGAGAGAAGGGCCGCCGGGGCGGGGGGCCGCCAGGGGAGGAGGAGGUGGCGUGAUCGUGUUGUGCUUACUCCCGCCAGCUCCGUGCUCCUGCCGUAUUUAUUGACUAUAGUUUAUUUUUGGAUAAAACCUGUCUCCUCCAGCUGGAGCGCUCGUACGGGCCCUUCCCCUGGGUUCCUCCAUUCUGCCGAGCGACUCGGCCUCCUUCGGAGCUUUGUACUGUUCGUACCGGCCUCCGCGGGGCGAUCCGAGGGUCGGGAGCGGCUCGUGGCCCCGCUGCGCGGUACGAACAAUCCUCCGCGCCGUUGCCUGCCCCCGCGUACGCUCGACGGCGCUGGCAAAGAGAGAAAAAAUCCCUGGGAGGCGGCGGCCGCUUGCUGCUUCCCUGCGCCCUCCUCGCCCUCGAGUGCCUCUUGAUCCCGGUCUCAAGUGCUACGUCGGAUAAUACCAAACUUGUGCCGUGUCGUGUAGCUCCGUAUCGCAGAUGUGCUCUAGUGCAAUAAACUGAACGCUGUCUGCUCCAAGAGACAUAAUUUAUAUAAAUAAACUUGGUAAUUUGUU